AUGCAUAGGGAUCUGAAGCCCGAGAAUAUCCUCGUCAGCCACACCAAUAUCGUCAAAAUUGCCGAUUUCGGGCAGGCGUGCCUGUAUUUUCCGGAUCAGCCGGAUCGGGAAUAUGAAGAACAGGUGGCGACGCGGUGGUAUCGCGCCCCGGAAUUACUUUUUGGCACUCGCCGCUACACGCCGGCCGUCGAUCUGUGGGCUACCGGGUGCAUUUUGGCCGAAUUCUGGAACCGAUGCCCGCUUUUUACGGGUCGAAACGAUUUUGACCAGAUUGCCAAAAUAUUCGAGCUGCUCGGCACGCCGACGGCUGAGAAUUGGCCCGGCUGGGGAUCGAUGCCGGACAGCCAGAAAAUAAUAUUUGAAGAGCGAUAUGAGACGGAGAAUUGGUCACCGAUUGUACCCGGCGCGUCUCCACAGUUUAUCGCUGUGCUCAAGAUGCAGUUGCGGCUCUGCGGGACGCUUAGGUGGAAUUUU